UUGGGCCAUUCAGUAUUUCUUUAUUUGGUCACGCCCACUGUUGAAACAGCCCGGAAGAAGGAAGACGUCUCUCGUGCACCUGCGUCUGUAUAAACAUAUCCGGUGGAACUUUUCACCUGUGACUAUCGAACUCUCCCUGCUUAAAUAAGCAGCAUAAUGUCAGAAAGAGACGAGGAGUCGUUUAAAUCUGUGCAGCUCGACCAGCAAGUGGCAGAUUCGUCGAAUGCAGCCCCCGAGGUGCAUCAGUCCAACAACAGUGCUUUAUCUGUGACUGUCACUGAGAACACUGAGACUAAGACCUCCCUACCUGCAGCCAACACCAUCAAAACCACCCCCACCACUACAACCGAUGCAGAACAGGGAGGAAGAUGGGCCUCAGCAGUGAACCAAUUCAAGCUCAAGAGAUUCUUCGUCCUUCGGCCUGGGACUCUGGACAGUGCAAUAGAAGACAUCAAAUCAUUGGUAGACCAGAAGACAGAUGGUGCUGUCGAGAGUGUUUGGCUACUGGUUGAGAUUGAUCACUGGAACAAUGAAAAAGAGCGGGUGGUGUUGAUCACGGAGAAGUCCCUCCUCAUCUGCAAGUACGAUUUCAUCAUGCUGAACUGUGAGCAGAUCCAGAGAAUUCCUCUUAAUCUGGUGGAUCGGAUCACCCAGGGUGCCUUUACUUUCCCUCCUCGCUCCCUGCUGUCACGAGAGGGCGAGGGAGUGCGUGUGGAUUGGGACAAGCUCAGAGAGCCCUCAUUAACAUCACGUUGGAACCCUUUUGCCACGGACUACCCCUACAGCACUCUGACCUACCAUCCAGUUCAAAAUGUUAAUGAGAAGCUGGCCAAAAUUUGUGAUCUUCAGAGUUUUAAGGAGCAGUUGAUUGCUGCAGCACAGAAAGCCCACAGUAUGAAUCCAGUCCCAGGGAAAGCCAAUGGUGUUCUUCUUCUGAACCAGCCUGUCCUCAUUGAGGCUUACGUCGGCCUCAUGUCAACCCUGGGCAACCAGAACAAGCUGGGCUACUGCCUAGCAAGAGGCAACGUUGGUUUCUGAGUGAAAUUUGUGGUUUGAUCAGUUAACAAUUUUAUUAAAAUGAAGAGCAGGUGAUGUUUGGGUGUUCUGAAAAUAUAGAUCUUAAAUCUUUUUCAUCAUGUUAAGUGUGUGUCUAUAUAUUGGACAUAUUUUUUCUUUUUUUCUUUUCAAGAUAAGCUACUCCAAACACAAGCAUACCCAGAGAUUAAUCAAAGCAAUGUGACCACUGGGAAUUGAAGUUGUGAUCUUUGCUAUAAACUAAGGUGGCGUAGUGUUCUUUGUGUCAAAGUUUAAAAUGUUAAAAAUAUAUCUUGUAGGAAUGUUCUUUGUAUUCCGAAGAUUUUUGGGAUCGAUGUUCAUGCAUUUCUGUUUCAAUGAAAAUGAGUCUAGAAGGAAAUGAAUGCCACAUUUUCAUACAUUUUACUUAAUCCUGCUUCUGUAAUAAGUAAUCCACCAAUAAUUGAUACGACUUUGAAAUAUAAAAAAUGACAAAUGUUGUUCUAGAUGCUUUAAAUGAUUGUCACUGUCCCAGUUUGGAUUCAGGAGGGGCUGCUGAAGAAGAUUAUGUGCACUGUCGAUUUGUAAAUAUUUUUUACAUAACCACCAUUUAAUGAAUGUUUGAAAAACAUAAUAGACAGAACUAAGGUAUAAAUGAAGAAUAAAUGUUGAGAAACAGUU